CGCAUGAGCCUGUCGCCUUAAAAAGUGUGUAAUUACUGGUACAGAAACGAACUGCUCGAUUCCAGAUGCGUGUAGAGAACUCACAGCGGUUCUGCUGAAGUUCUUACCCGCUUGGAACUGCGCUUGCUUGCUGAUCCAGUGAGAUCUUGCCCUAGCUGUGAGAUGAGUACUGAAGCAGAACAGCAGCUUCUCCAUGAUGCUAGAAAUGGAAAUGUUGAAGAGGUUAAAGAGCUGUUGGAUGCCAUGGACAAAGGAGAAAUAAGAUUUGAUAUCAACUGUAAAGGCAGAAGUAAAUCUAAUAUGGGUUGGACACCUCUUCACCUUGCUUGCUACUUUGGACAUGCUGUUGUGGUGGAGGAUUUGCUGAAGGCUGGUGCAGAUGUGAAUGUGCUGAAUGACAUGGGGGACACUCCACUCCAUCGUGCAGCUUUCACAGGACGUAAGGAGGUGGUGAUGUUACUCUUGCAGCAUAAUGCUGAUACUUCUAUUGUUAAUGGGACUGGAGAGACUGCCAAAGAAGUUACUCAUGAUAAAGACAUAAGGAAUAUGUUGGAAGCAGUGGAAAGGACACAAGAAAGGAAACUGGAAGAAGAACUUUUAGGAGCAGCAAGAGAGGGGGAAACAGGGAAACUGACUGCCUUGUUGAACAAGCCCAAACCACCUGAUAUCAACUGUACAGAUCAGAUGGGGAACACACCAUUGCAUUGUGCAGCAUACCGGGCCCAUAAGCACUGUGCAUUGAAACUUCUAAAAAAUGGAGCAGAUCCUAAAAUAAGAAACAAAAAUGAUCAGACGCCCCUUGAUCUAGCCCAAGGUGCUGAAAUGAAACUGAUACUGGGAGGUAAAACUGGAAAGGUUAUCAACAAACCCCUGAGACGAUAUGAAGGUCUCCUAUGGAAGAGCUCACGAUUUUUUGGUUGGAAACUCUACUGGAUAGUUCUAGAACAUGGAGUCCUUUCGUGGUAUCGGAGACAAGCUGAUGCAGUGAAUAAUGAUCAUCGUCAGGGAUGCAAGCAUCUAACACAAGCUGUCUGCACGGUAAAAUCUACAGACAGCUGCUUCUUUUCUGUCAGAUGUUUUGAUGACACUGUUCAUCGUUUCAAAAUUCCUAAAAAUAGCCUUCCCUCUCAAACUAGAGAGAGCUGGCUGGAAGCAAUAGAAGACCACUCUGCAUAUAGCACUCAUUACUGCACACAGGAACAGUUGAGUAGUGAUGAUGAGGAAGGUGAUACAGUAUCUGUUACAGACCUACAAGAUACUCUGAAAAAAGCACAAGCAUGCCAACAAAGACUCAGUAAAGAGAUUUCAGACUUCCUUGCAAUGGUUAAAUCUUUGGAUGCUACAAAAGGAAUAUCUUCUCCUCUCCUGCAAAAAGUUGAUGUUGUCUCUGAAGUAUCCCAGGAAACAUGUGAGGCCCUGGCUGACUGCCUCAACCUAUUUACAAAGCAAGAAGGGGUGAGGAAUUUGAAAUUGGAGCAUGAGCAGGAGAAAAACAAGAUCUUGUCAGAAGCAUUAGAGACACUAGCUACCGAACACCAUGAACUAGAGCAGUCACUGGUUAAGGGAUCUCCGCCUCUCAGCAUCAUCAGUGAAGAGCAAUUCUAUGAUGCUGUUUCAGAUUCAGAAUCUGAAAAAUCAUUAAGUGGGUUUGAAACAACAGCAGCCUACUCAUUAGAGGACAGCAUGGAUUCAAAAGAUACAAUAACUUCAAGUGCGUCUGAAGAAAAGGUUGGUGGCAGUGGGGAGUCGCUGUCUAACGGAAUCAAAAAACACAGAACAAGCUUGCCAUCUCCAAUGUUUUCCAGAAAUGACUUCAGUAUCUGGAGUAUCUUAAGAAAAUGCAUUGGAAUGGAGUUGUCAAAGAUCACAAUGCCGGUUAUAUUCAAUGAGCCACUGAGCUUUCUGCAGCGACUUACAGAGUACAUGGAGCAUACAUACCUCAUCCACAAAGCCAGCUCACUUUCCAGCACAACUGAGCGAAUGCAGUGUGUUGCUGCGUUUGCUGUGUCUGCUGUAGCCUCACAGUGGGAACGUACAGGGAAGCCGUUCAACCCGUUGCUUGGAGAGACAUAUGAAUUGAUCAGAGAUGAUCUUGGAUUUAGACUUCUCUCAGAGCAAGUUAGCCAUCAUCCACCAAUCAGUGCUUUCUAUGCUGAAGGUUUAAAUAAUGAUUUUGUAUUUCAUGGAUCAAUUUAUCCUAAACUCAAAUUCUGGGGCAAGAGUGUGGAAGCAGAACCAAAAGGCACAAUGACUUUGGAGCUUCUUGAACACAGUGAAGCCUACACAUGGACAAAUCCUACAUGCUGUGUGCAUAACAUUAUUGUGGGCAAACUUUGGAUUGAGCAGUAUGGAAACGUGGAAAUAACUAACCAUAAAACUGGUGAAAAAUGUGUACUGAGCUUCAAGCCCUGUGGCCUCUUUGGCAAGGAGUUGCACAAAGUUGAAGGCUACAUUCAGGAUAAAAGCAAAAAGAAACUCUGUGCACUGUAUGGGAAGUGGACUGAAUGUUUGUACAGUGUUGACCCAGCUACAUUUGAAGCUUACAAAAAAAAUGACAAGAAAAGUGCAGAAGAGAAGAAAAGCAGUAAACAGAUGGGCAAUACUGAGGAACCAGAUGAGAUGCCUUUGCCAGAUUCUGAGAGUGUGUAUGUUAUUCCUGGAAGUAUUUUGCUAUGGAAGAUAACUCCAAGACCUCCAAAUUCAGCACAGAUGUAUAAUUUUACUAGCUUUGCUAUGGCUUUGAAUGAGUUGGACAAAGAAAUGGAGAGUGUAAUUCCCAAAACUGACUGCCGGCUACGACCAGAUAUCAGAGCCAUGGAAAAUGGAGAAAUAGAUCUAGCUAGUGAAGAAAAGAAGAGGCUAGAAGAAAAACAAAGGACCGCCCGCAAAAAUCGUUCAAAGUCAGAGGAAGACUGGAAGACGAGUCACCCAUCAUCCCAGAGUCCCAGAUGGUUCCACCAGGGCCCCAAUCCCUAUACUGGUACACAGGACUGGCUUUAUUCUGGCAACUACUGGGACAGAAACUACUUUAACUUGCCUGAUAUUUAUUAAAAUGCAAUAAGGAGCCUGUGACUGAUACAAAUAAGUCUUAAUCUGUUUUAAUGUUUUCCCUCAUUUUACUUAUCUCCUGAAGAAACUGACAUGUUAUCAAACAGAAUAUUAAGCAUCUCCACAGUAAAUCUGGUGGUACAUGAUCUUCAGUCCCAUAGGUAGGGGAGUAAUUUUUCUGGGUGAUGGUGGGUCCUGUGUGGACAAAGUAAGUCGCCAUGGUUUGAGCUGCCCUGUUUGCUGAAUACACCUAUAUUAGGUUGUGGUGUAUGAGGAAUAGAACACCUUCAGCUGUUCUGUGAAUACUUUCUUUCAUAGCUAUCAUUGGCCCAAGUAAAACUGGUUUUAUUUAUUGUGACAUGGGAAUGUUUAAAAGCACACACAGUAAUUGCAAUAUUCUGUUCUUAAAUGAAGAAGGGUGUGUCACUUUUGUAAAGAUGUAAUUUUUCAUAAAGUGACUUUUCUUUUACUAAAGUAACUCCCUUGAUUCCUGAGCUCUGGUUGGAGAUUCCAGAAGUGUUCCCAUCUCUGGAGCAUUAAUGCAGUUGUUUAAGCUGGUGACAUUACUCAGAGGUAUUUAUUCAAUGUUUUGUGCAGUGUGUUUUGAAUUUUGCUCUCCUGUUUUGCUACCAACCUUACGGUUUAAGGAAUUAAGAGCCAUUUAAACAUCUACAGAUUUGAACUGCACACUAGUAACAGGUUUUAAAAGAAUCUGUUCCAUACACUAGAAGUUCUGGUGCCCAGCGCCACUGCAAAGAGGCAAGAACCUAAUCAGUCCAGGACCUGGUGGAAUGUGGUGGGAGGCAAAGGACCUGUGUCUGUACUGUGCAAACUCCCUAGGAGGAAGUCUUGUGCAUUUCAAAGAUAGUACAGCACCUCAGUGAGGCUUCCUGUGCACAGCUGCUUUUACCCCUUUUCAGUGGGGUGCAUUCAAUCUUAAAGUGUAAGUUUAUAUUGAACUGUGUACAGAGCUUCUAGAGGGCAAGCUGCUCUUUGUACAAUAUUUUAACUGCUGUCUGGAGGUUAGUGUUAAUUGAAUAAUUUAAUUGCUACUAAAUAAAGGCUUCAAAACUUCUUGCA